AUGACGCAAGACCAGGAACGAGAGUUGUUCCAGCGGGUGCAACGAGGAACUCCACUUACUCCUGCAGAGCGAGCGCAAGCCAAGAGCGGUCCAUGGCAAAACCUUGCGAGGAGCUUCCAAAGGGACUUUCCGCGCGUUGCGAAAUUGAGCGACUGUACCCGUGGUCGCGGCUAUGACAAAUUCAUCUCGUCCUUCGCUCAAAUUAUCGAAGGCCAGAAGGUAACCGCCGAAGGGAGAAACUCCGAGGUAGCUUUUCGAGGAACAGGCAAUUGGGCAGAGAGAUACUUUGUGACGGAUCUUCACGACCACCCUUGCAACCCAGAGCAAGAAGCACGCCUCAAGAAAGUCUUCGAUCGUUUCGACGAGCUCAUCUGCCUCCAUCCUCGUACAUUCGCCAACGAUGGCCUCGACACGACUAUUGCUCUAGCACCUGUCGAAUUUAUUGCUGCUGCCUAUCUUGUCAGCCGAUACAGCGAUCGUAGCAACGCGGCGAUGGAGAAGGCAAUCCGAGCCAUGAGACGCAAACCCGGAACUGGCACAGCGGAGAGUUCGUCAAUUGUUCGGCUUGGAGUAAGGAGAAGGCGACGUGAGGGACGCAGCACGCAAGAGGCUCGCCACCUGCGCUGUGCGAUGUUUGCCAAGUCGUGA